ACCGGUUUUCUAAAAUGUCGGUUUUUGUAUAAACCGUAUUCCAUACCAAGUGUAAAGUUGCCCAAAAUUUAAAAGAAAAAUCAGUUUUGUUCCUAAUGAGUUGAGUUUGAAUAUAAAAUCCACACAUUUUUGCACUAUCCUUUAUCUUUUGUGAGAAUCAAAUUAGCAGUAGGAGGCAAUUCCCAUAACCAUAAUAAUAUAAUCAAAAGUGCGAUAUCAUAAUUUGUUACGACCAUGAAUUGGCCUUCGAUAUUUUGUGCGCAAUGAAGUGUAAGUUACUGUAGAUUAUGUAGGUACGUCCAAUAUAGUACGUAUUAACAUUAGCGGUCGUCACCGAGUUUUGUAGAGUGCAGCCACAACGGGGAACGGGCGGCAGGGAAGCACGACGCGAACUAGCCUCGCGAACAGUCGCGUUUAGUCGCUUUAGUGUCGCUGAGCGGUACACUACGUGUUAUUUUUCGAAUUCAGUACGCCAUGCUGAACGUUUCAGAACUUAUAGAAGAAGUGAAACAACGUCCUCUGCUAUGGGACAGGAGUGCCACUGUUGACGGGCCUGAAUCGAUAACAACAACUCGCGAUGAACUUUGGCAAGAAAUCGCGACCAAAUUACAAAUAACGAAAGAUCAAGGGAGAACCAAAUGGAAAAUGCUCCGCGAUACUUAUAGAAAGCUCAUUUUCAAAAAGCUGCAUAUAAGAAAAUGGCGUUACAUGAAAGAGAUGGAAUUCCUCAGGGAAACUCUUUUGACUGCUCCGUGGAACAAGGCGAAGCCUCGAACACAAAUACGGAUCAAAACUGAAUCUGUAGAUGACGACGCCGCUUAUGUAACCGAUACGGUCAUUACGGAUCCCUUACAAUAUCCAGAAACUAACGAUAUGUCUCAAGAAGACUUUACUCAAAACAGCAGUCUUAAUCAGGAAAUUAAGAGUAAAGUUUUUGGUGGCAGCGUUCCACACAGAGAGAGAACCGAAAAAAUUGUAUGGAUGGCUGCUCAAGAUCACGAUCUUCAAUUUCUUCUCAGUUUGCAUGGUCAUUUUAAAGAGAUUCCUCCACAUCGUAAGUUGCCUUUAAGGAUGAAGAUUGAAGAACUUAUUUUAGAAGAAAUAUAUAAACGUAGAGAUAAUGAAAUGUCCGAAUCAUGAACAAAUUUCAUUAUUUUAUUUACCGUCUGAUUUUUGUAAAUUAUUUAUAUGAGAUUUUAGCUCCUAGAAAACUUUUAGGAUUACUUUAUGUUUGAAAACCGUUUUGGCAGUACUGAUAAUGUGUAAAUAACGUUAU